AUGACAGAGUGCUGUGCCUUACAAAGAUCACUCGUAUCUCAUACUAUCCUUGACCUAAAAGUGCACGACCGUUAUCACAAGAGAGAAGCAUAUGCCUUUGAUAGUAUCUCUCGCUAUCUACCGGAAUCUGUUCAAAUCUAUCUAUCUAUCUAUCUAUCUAUCUAUCUAUCUAUCUAUCUAUCUAUCUAUCUCUUUUUCUUUCUUUCUUUCUUUCUUUCUUUCUUUCUUUCUUUCUUUCUUUCUUUCUGUAUCUGCAGAUAUAUAUUGUUCCAACUGAAUAAAAUCUUUUCAAAAUGGUUCCUUUCUUUCGUUUUUCUUUCUUUCUUUGCGAAUAUAUUUCUACCGAAUAUAUCCUUUGCGGCGUUUUCUUUCUUUCUUUCUUUCUUUCUUUUUCCUUUCUUUUUUUUCCAAAUAUACAUUUUUUCUUUUUUCUUUCUUUUUUUCUUUAUUUCCUUUAAUCUUUCUUUGCUUUUUCUUUCUUUCUUUUUCGUUUGUUUUCUUUUUUCUUUCCUUUUCCUUUCUUUCUUUUUUUACUUUUCCUUUCUUUCCUUUUUCUUUCUGUUUUCUUUAUUUCCUUUUUCUUUCUUUCUUUUCUUUUACUUUCUUUUCUUUUUCUGUAUUUCCUUUUUUCUUUCUCUUCUUUUCCAUUCUUUUUUCUCUCCUUUUUUCUUUCUUUCUUUUUCUUUCUUUCAUUUUCUUUCUUUACGUUUUCUUUAUUUCCUUUUUCUUUCUUUUUUCUUUCUUUCCUUUUCCUUUCUUUGUCUUUCUUUUUCUUUCUUUCCCUUUUCUUUCUUCUUUUUUCUUUCUUUCCUUUUUCUUUCUUUCUUUCUUUCUUUUUCCUUUCUUUCCUUUUUCUUUUUUCUUUCUUUUUCUUUCUUUCCUUUUUCUUUUUUAAGCUCUUUUUAUGCAUAUAUUCCGUCAAUGCUGAACGUAAGUUUUGUAAUAUUGUUGUUUCUAUAUAACUAUCUAUGCCAAUAUAUCUAUCGUUAUUACUGA